UGCGGUUGGUGAGGGGCCUGGGGGAGGGGGUGGUGUUGGAUUCUGCGGAGCUCCCGCCCAGACCCCAGCCUGGGCCGAGAGCAGCCCCUCCUAGCUCACUCGCUCGUCCCGUCCCUCCGGGAGCCCACUGAGGGAGCCCACGCCAUCAGCCUGCGGAGGAGCAUGUGGGGACCAACUGCAGACUCUGUGGCACAGGUGCUGGCUGUGCCGUGACCAUGCCUGUGACCCUUGCCCUCUUGCUACUCCUGGGCCAGGCCACCUCAGAUCCAUGCUACGAUCCUGGGGGCCACCCCCGUUUCUGCCUCCCGCCAGUGACCCAGCUGGCCAGUGGGGGCGCGACCUCCUGUCCUCAGCCCUGUGGCCUCUCCCCGGGGUUGGGCCCUGGCCCCGGGGCUGCCUGCAAUGGCAGCCUGACCCUGGACCUGGAUGGCCCCUUCCUCCUAACGUCCGUCAGCCUGCGCUUCUGCACCCCAGGCUCCCCAGCCCUCGUUCUGUCUGCUGCCUGGGCUGCUGGGGGUCCUUGGAGGCCUCUGUGGCGCAGAGCUGCCUGGCCUGGAGCCUUGGGGGGCCCCGAGAGGGUGACCUUCCGCUCCCCACCAGGCCCUAAGGCCAGCGUGGUGGCGCGCCACAUCCGUGUGGAGUUUAGGGGUCGGGUAGGGCUGGUAGCAGCUGGAGUGAGAGGCCGCUGCCAGUGCCACGGCCACGCUGCCCGCUGUGCCACCCGUGCCCAGCCUCCCCGCUGCCGCUGCCGUCACCACACCACUGGCCCAGGGUGUGAGAGCUGCCGCCCAUCCCAUCGCGACUGGCCCUGGCGGCCCGCCACACCCCAGCACCCCCAUCCUUGUCUGCCCUGCUCCUGCAACCAGCAUGCUCGCCGCUGCCGCUUCAAUGCUGAGCUGUUCAGGCUGUCCGGUGGCCGGAGCGGAGGGGUGUGUGAGCGCUGCCGCCACCACACAGCAGGACGCCACUGCCACUACUGCCAGCCUGGGUUCUGGAGAGACGCCAGCCAGCCCAUCACCAGCCGCAAGGCUUGCAGGGCCUGCCAGUGCCACCCCGUUGGGGCAACAGGAGGUACGUGCAACCAGACCAGUGGGCAGUGCUCCUGCAAGUUGGGGGUCACAGGCCUGACGUGCAAUCGCUGUGGGCUGGGCUACCAGCAGAGUCGCUCCCCCAGGAUGCCCUGCCAGCGAAUUCCAGAGACCACUACUCCCCUUGCCACUACCCCUGUUGCUUCUAUCUCUGACCCUCAGUGUCAAAACCACUGCAACAGCUCGGACACCAGAGUCCACAUGAGCCUCCGGAGGUACUGCCAGCAGGACUACGUUCUGCAUGCGCAGGUGCUGGCGUCAGAGGCGGCCGGGCCCGUGUGGCGGCGGCUGGUCAUUCGCGUGCUGGCCGUGUACAAGCAGCGAGCCUGGCCCGUGCGCCGCGGAGACCAGGACGCCUGGGUGCCCCGCGCGGACCUGGCCUGCGGCUGCCUGCGCCUGCGCCCCGGGACCGACUACCUGCUGCUGGGCAGCGCGGCCGGAGACCCGGACCCCGCGCGCCUAGUCCUCGACCGCCACGGCCUCGCACUGCCCUGGAGGCCGCGCUGGGCCCGGCCACUGCGGAGGCUGCAGCAGGAGGAGCGUGCUGGCGGCUGCCGCGGUCUGAAGCCCCCCAGCCAGAGCCCCCAAGCUACACACUAACCAACGCUGGAACUGCCUCGAAAGCCACUGAAGGAACUCAGAGGUGAGGGGGCGGAACCCUCUAACCUCGAGGUACAUCUUUCUUGAACCAAUCAGAAGCCGCGGCACCCCUGACGUCACUGCGCAUACUCCAGCAUCGCAGGGGUGUGCAACUUCUAGCAAAAGGCGCCAAACUAAGUGGGACUUCUGGAGUCUCAGAAGUGCCUGUUUGGCUUGUGAUGCGAG